CUUAAACACUUAGAUAUAUGAUCGUCUAAAGGCUGAAAGAAAGCCAUUCACAAAAUGCCCAUCCGCACCUACAUCUUCAAAGUUGAUCUCCUUGAGUCUCGAGACCCAGAAAUCUCGAGGACCUUUUCCAUACCCGCAUCAUGGACAUUUCAAAAGCUUCAUGCCGCGAUCCAACACGUCUUCCUCUGGCAGAACGAGCAUCUCCACGUGUUUACGUUUCAAAUUCCAAUUGGAGGGGGCAUAAACAAAGUUGUAUCGAUACAAGAUACAGACAUGAUGGGGCGGGAUGAUGAAGAGGGACCUAACGAUAUCGUCCUGGAUGAAAAAAAUGUCAAACUCAAGGACGUAUGGGACAACAACGGAAGGUAUCACAGGGACGUCACUAAUGACGGAACCCUGGGGGGUUGCUUCUAUGAAUAUGACUUUGGUGAUUCUUGGGAACAUGAAAUUACCCUGUUGGCAGUCGGCACGUCCGAUGUGAAGGAAGUCUCAGUUCUUGAGGUUUCCGGUUGUGCACCCCUCGAGAACAGUCACGGGGUCCUGGGAUGGGAGGGCCUUAAGAGAGCCUUCGCGGAUCCAAACCCCAAUGACGUGUCUCUUGAAGCGAGGAGGUUAUCAUGGCUUGUUUCGCCUCUGGGCGGUGCAUUCCACCCCGCUAUAGCACCGACUAUAGAGCAGCUCAAUGCACCUGGGCUAUUCGAUAAACGCUUCAGGCAGAUUCGCAGGGGCAUUCUAUGAUUUGUGGCAAAACCAUGCUCCGAAGGCCUUUGCGCUCGGAUUACGCUCCACACCUACCGCUUUACGUAUAGCAUGAGGACGGGACUCAAGUACUCACCACCCACGUUAAUUACAACGUACUUAAAGCCCUGUAAAAUAGUCAGAGCAGCAGCGUACUUAUUUGCUGCUGCUAUGUAGUAUUAGGAGGACAUAUGUCCCCGGACUAUCCUAGUAAGUAGUCACUUCGCUAGUUCUAGGUCUUGAGACCCAGAAGCUCGCAGUGCGAGGCUUUGUAUUCACAUAACGUAUCUAAUAUGAUAUGAUCGUCACUGAGUAGAAGAGACCCGUAACUGAGAUCUGAGAAUUGGUGGUGGCUAG